AUGCUUGUGACAAAGGCAAAGCAGUUAUAAUGGGUGACUUCAAUCUACAUAUAGAUUGGGUGAAUCAAACUGGCAGGGGUGCUGAGGAAGAGGAUUUCUUGGAAUGUAUGCGGGAUAGUUAUCUAAACCAACAUGUAGAGGAACCAACGAGAGAGCUGGCUAUUUUAGACUGGGUAUUGAGUAAUGAGGAAGGGUUAGUUAGUAGUCUUGUUGUGCGUGGCCCCUUGGGCAAGAGUGACCAUAAUAUGGUUGAGUUCUUCAUUAGGAUGGAGAGUGACAUUGUUAAUUCAGAAACAAUGGUUUUGAACUUAAAGAAAGGUAACUUUGAGGGUAUGAGACGUGAAUUGGCCAAGAUUGACUGGCAAUUAAUUCUAAAAGGGUUGAUGGUGGAUAUGCAAUGGAAAGCAUUUAAAGACUGCAUGGAUGAACUACAAAAAUUGUUCAUCCCAGUUUGGCAAAAGAAUAAAUCAGGGAAGGUAGUACAUCCAUGGAUAACAAGGGAAAUCAGGGAUGGUAUCAAAGCAAAGGAUGAUGCGUACAAACUAGCCAGAAAAAGCAGCAUACCGGAGAACUGGGAGAAAUUCAGAGACCAGCAGAGGAGGACGAAGGGCUUAAUUAGGAAAGGAAAAAUGGAUUAUGAAAGAAAACUAGCAGGGAACAUAAAAACUGACUGCAAAAGUUUUUAUAGAUAUGUGAAAAGAAAGAGAUUAGUUAAAACAAAUGUAGGUCCCUUGCAGUCAGAAACAGGUGAGUUGAUCAAGGGGAACCAGGAUAUGGUGGACCAAUUGAAUAACUACUUUGGUUCCGUCUUCACUAAGGAAGACAUAAAUGAUCUGCCGGAAAUAGCAGGGGCCCGCGGGUCAAAGGAGGUGGAGGAAUUGAGUGAAAUCCAGGUUAGUCGGGAAGUGGUGUUGGGUAAAUUGAAUGGAUUAAAGGCCGAUAAAUCCCCAGGGCCAGAUAGGCUGCAUCCCAGAGUACUUAAGGAAGUAGCUCAAUAAAUAGUGGAUGCAUUAGUAACAAUCUUUCAAAACUCUUUAGAUUCUGGAGUAGUUCCAGAGGAUUGGCGGGUAGCAAACGUAACCCCACUUUUUAAUAAGGGAGGGAGAGAGAAAACGGGGAAUUACAGACCAGUUAGUCUAACAUCGGUAGUGGGGAAAACUGCUAGAGUCAGUUAUUAAAGAUGGGAUAGCAGCACAUUUGGAAAGUGGUGAAAUCAUUGGACAAAGUCAGCAUGGAUUUACGAAAGGUAAAUCAUGUCUGACGAAUCUUAUAGAAUUUUUCGAGGAUGUAACUAGUAGCGUGGAUAGGGGAGAACCAGUGGAUGUGGUGUAUCUGGACUUCCAGAAGGCUUUUGACAAGGUCGCACAUAAGAGAUUAGUAUACAAACUUAAAGCACAUGGCAUUGGGGGUUCAGUAUUAAUGUGGAUAGAGAACUGGCUGGCAAACAGGAAGCAAAGAGUAGGAGUAAACGGGUCCUUUUCACAAUGGCAGGCAGUGACUAGUGGGGUACCGCAAGGCUCAGUACUGGGACCCCAGCUAUUUACAAUAUAUAUUAAUGAUCUGGAUGAGGGAAUUGAAGGCAAUAUCUCCAAGUUUGCGGAUGACACUAAGCUGGGGGGCAGUGUUAGGUGUGAGGAGGAUGCUAGGAGACUGCAAGGUGACUUGGAUAGGCUGGGUGAGUGGGCAAAUGUUUGGCAGAUGCAGUAUAAUGUGGAUAAAUGUGAGGUUAUCCAUUUUGGUGGCAAAAACGGGAAAGCAGAUUAUUAUCUAAAUGGUGGCCGAUUGGGAAAGGGGGAGAUACAGCGAGACCUGGGUGUCAUG